GAUAGAAUUUUAUUGCUCUCAUGUAGUCGAAAUCUAUCUAAAGUUACUGGGACAUUCUACUGAAAAUUCUGAAGCUUGCGGUAAAGCAAAGAAUCCCCUUUAGAACCAUUUCGAGAAGAAAAUUUUCAGGUAGUUUAAAAUGCGCGGUGUGAAGAUUAUCAGUAUUGUAAUAACAUUUACUUUCGUGGUUUCUGUAUCAAAGGCAAAUUCAGGUUCGGAAAAUGAUAGCGAUCUUGCUACGGAUCCCCCAAAUACUUCGCCAUCCAUUGACUCUAGCUCUGAAGCCUGCCAAUCAAAAGAAUGCAUAAGAGCAGCUGUGGAUAUCAAAAGAAAUAUAGAUGAAUCUGUAGAUCCCUGUAAGGAUUUUUAUAAAUUUGCCUGUGGUGGUUGGAUAAAGGAACACAGAAGUCCUCCCGAAGUAUCUUACAUUUCUGUCUUUUCCAAAGUUGAAGAUCAACUCAAUUUGAAACUCAAACAUAUUUUAGAAAAAAGGUCGGAUAAAACAACACCUAAAUAUAUUAUCAAGUUAAGAGACUUCUACCGAGCUUGCAUGCUUGCCGAUCACUUCAACUUUUUGGGCAAAGACCCUCUGAAGUGGAUUGUGGAAGAUCUAGGAGGCUGGCCGUUAGUAAUGGGAAGUAAGUGGAAUGAGUCUGCCUUCGACUGGAUGGAUUCUAUCUUUAAAUUACGUAAGAUAGGAUAUGGUCAUAAUGCAAUUAUGAAGUUGACAGUUGAGGAGGAUCCGGAGAACAGAACGGCUAAUAUAUUAAAGUUGGAACCGUCGUUAAGAAUAGAUGUUAGAAACCCGAAACCCUUCUUGCAGAGAAACAUUCAGGGGAUGAAUAAAGCAGCUUUGGAUUUGUAUUCCUUACGGGACGCUGAUAGAAAAGAAAUUAUUCAAUCGCUUCAUACGGAACUUACGCUUUCCCGAAUGGCUGUCAAUAACAAGAGCGAGGAAGAUGCUCCAUAUAAGAGAUACACUGUUGCAGAGUUUAUAAAUGAAUCACCAAAGAUUGACUGGCUUCGAUAUUUUAGAGGAAUCGUUGGGUAUGAUAUCGGAGAAAAUGAAACCAUUCUUGUUACCCAACUCAAUUUCUUCCGUCUCUUGGGUUAUUACCUAGAAGGACCGAAUAAAAGGGAAUUGGCUAAUUAUAUAAUUUGGCAAUUUAUUCAAGAAUCUUUAGGCAUGUUAUAUGAUGGAAGACGCUUGGAGAGAUGCCUGCCUUCAGUCAGGAAUUAUAUGGGGGUGGCCUUAAGUGCUUACUAUUUGCAAGAAUACUUCGAAGAAGAAAAGAAUCAAACGCAAGAUUAUUUACACGUAAAAAAUAUUACAACAUAUAUUCUUCAGGCGUUCGAAGAUUUCUUACGGAAAGCCGGUUGGAUGGACAAAACCACUAAAGUAAAAGCCAUGAAUAAGGCUCGCGAUAUAGAAAUACGAACUGAAUAUCCGAUACAGCUUUUGAAUCAUUCUUAUCUCUCUGAUCUGUACUCAAAUUUAAGUAUUGACAGUGUUAUGUAUUUCUUCGAUGUGAAGUCAGCCCGCCUGUGGAAAACUGAUCGUCACUUUCUGCAGCUUCUUAAACCAAACAUAAAAGGGAACUGGGAAAAAUAUGACAAAGCACCAAGUGUAAAGCCAUAUUACAACUAUCUGGAGAAUAGUAUUGAAUUUCCUGUAGGAGUUUUCUUAAACGGCUUCUUCAAAAAAGAUCAACCGUCCUAUCUCAACUUUGGAGCACUUGGUUAUCUUAUAGGCCGCGAAAUUGUACGUUCAUUUGAUAGAAAAGGUCAGCAGAUUGACGAAAAUGGCAAUAAAGUCAGAUGGUGGCCGUUCAACCAAAUCACAGAUAUCAAUUUAGAGGAUGAAAUCUUCUGUGCUACGGAGGAAUAUUUUAAUUACACCACAGGUCUGGAUUCUUGGAUUAAUGCCGAGGAUACGCUAUUUGCGACACCAGACGACUAUAUGGCUUACAGCUCAGGUCUAAAAGUAGCUUACGAGGGCUAUAAAAAAUGGAGCAGUAAAAUGGGAGAAGAGCUCAAACUUCCGGGAUUGGAUUAUACACCGAAGCAGUUAUUUUGGAUCAGUGCAGCAAAUAUGUGGUGCGAGAGAGCAGAACGGUUCUAUACCAUACAGAACGCUCCCGUUACGACGUAUCCGAAUUGCUAUAAAGCGACAGCAGGCGUGGUUAGCAUUCCAGAAUUUGCCGAAGAUUUUGGGUGCGCACGUCCGCAAACUCAGUGUCGGAUUUGGUAGGGAUGUUCUGCCAAUAUUUUUAUUCUAAGAUUCAAGUUGCAAUUAUAUAUUUUACAGAAAACACUUUAAAAUAAUUCAUUGUAAUUGAUUUUUCGUUGUAACUAAAGCCAGCUUCUUUGCAUUGUUAUAAUAUAUAGCGACUGAAUCUAUAAAUAAUUUGAGUUUAAAUAAAAUGUUGAAAAUAUUGA